AUGGCUGCUGGGGGCGGCGAGCCGGCGCUGCGGUUCAAGAGCGUGUGCGUGGUGGGGGGCGGCGUGGCCGGCCUGGCGGCGGCGCGCGAGCUGCGGCGGGAGGGCCACGCCGUCACCGUCAUGGAGCAGAGCGGCGACGUCGGCGGGCAGUGGCUGUACGACCCGCGGACCGACGCCGAGGACCCGCUCGGCGCCGCGGCGCCGGUGCGCGUGCCCAGCAGCAUCUACGCGUGCCUCCGCCUCAUCAGCCCGCGCGAGGCCAUGGGCUUCUCCGACUUCCAGUUCUUCCCCAGGGACGGGGAGGGCCGCGACCCGCGCCGCUUCCCAGUCCACGGCGAGCUGCACUGCUACCUCCGGGACUUCUGCGACGCCUUCGGGCUCAUGGACGCCGUCAGGCUAAACACCCGGGUCCUGCGCGUCGCCCCGGCGCCGACGUCGACGACGGUGACGCGUCAGUGGACGGUGAGGUCCGUGCUGCGCCUCGGCACCACCGAGGAUGAUGAUGUCGCGCAGGAGGAGGAGGAGGAGGUGUUCGACGCCGUGGUGGUGGCCACGGGCCACUACUCGCAGCCGAUGCUCCCGAGCGACAUCGAGGGCAUGGGGGAGUGGACGCGCCGGCAGCUGCACAGCCACUCGUACCGGACGCCGGAGCCGUUCCGCGGCGAGGCGGUGGUGGUGGUCGGGUGCGCGGAGAGCGGCAAGGACAUUGCGCUGGACCUCUGCCGCGUCGCCAGGGAGGUGCACCUCGCCGCCAGCUCCGAGGCCACGGCCGCCACGCCGGCCCUGUCGAGGAUGCUGGCCAACCACGGCGACGUGCUGCGCCUGCACACGCGGAUCCGCUGUCUUCAUGCCGACGGGCGCGUGGAGUUCGCGGACGGCUCCUCCGUCGUGGCCGACACGGUGAUCUACUGCACGGGGUACACCUACUCGUUCCCGUUCCUGGACACGAGCAGCGCGGUCACCGUCGACAGCGGCGGCCACGUCGUCGGCCCGCUGUUCGAGCACGUGUUCCCGCCGUCCCUGGCGCCGUCGCUGUCCUUCGUGGGCGUGGCGAGGAAGGUCCUGAUCCCGUGGUUCUUCGAGGUGCAGGCGCGGUGGGUGGCGCAGGUGCUGUCGGGCCGCCGCGCGCUGCCGUCAGAGGAGGAGAUGCUGCGGUCCGUGGAGGCGCACCUGCUCGCCAGGGAGGCCGCGGGCGUGGCGAGGAAGCACACGCACAACAUCGCCGGCAUCGAGCCUGAGAAGAUGUACGAGUUCGGGGAGAGGUACUCCGACUUGCCGCCGCUGGAGGAGUGGAAGAAGGAGCUGGUCAUGUCCAGCAUCGCCAGCAUGAUGGCCGACGUCGAGACCUUCCGCAACCGCGCCGAUGACAGCGAGAUCGUGAGGAAGGGCCUGCGGGGAUGGCUCGACUUGGCUGCUCAAGCUCAAGCAAAAUCUAUGGCUGUUGCCGUUGACGUUGAAGCUGAUGUGCAGGCCAUGGCUAAUUAAGCUUCUGUCCUCCUCAGCGGAAUUACGAGU